GUAACUGCUUCUACAGACAUCUCUAAGUUGCUGUGUGGAAAUGCCAGUUGCAAUGAAAACUCAGCUGAAGACUGCACAAAUGUUGUCGAUAAAGAAACAUCUGCUCUCUGCUGCUGGAGUUCCAGAGAGACUAUGAAUCAGAAUUUUUUCAGCAAGAAUGAAUUUCACUCUACAGCCGAGAUGGAAAUGUCAACCGAGUCCAUUUUACGUUUCUGGUCUCCUUCCAAAGAUGGUACAGAAAUGCAUUCUCUAGGUCAAGAGCCUGAGAAAGGAUUAGAUUUUGAGCAUGAGAUACAGAGGAUAUAUGGAGGACUUGGAAUAUAUACUGCAGCCAGUGAAGAAGAAUUGAAUAAGACCAUGCACAAAUUGAGUGCUCUACAUCAUCUCCAAUUUGAUUUCACUGCAGCUGUCAAUGGGAGCCAGGUUCAAAGAGAAAAAUCUCAUCUAAAUGAUUUGUAUAUCCAGUGCAAUGAAGCAGAAGUCAUUGAAGUUGAAGGUGUGUCUGAAGAACACAAACCUAUUUCCCACUUAUCGACUGAUGAAGACAACAUGGAUAAUUGGACUGAUACUGCUUUAUUAAAAGUGCUACUGGAGCCCUGCAGCCCAAAAUCUGGUCUCCGAAAGAGAAGUGAUCAAAUGAGCAGUGAUCUGGACAACUGUAUAUAUGGGAACAAUGAGGUUGAAGCUGGCAAAACAGAGAUAUCUGUUCCUGCCGUGAGACUAACUGAAAGGAGGAACAGCAUACAUGAUAAUAAUGAACUCGUGAACCAAGGCAGAAGUUUUACGAGACUUUCACCACACCCUUUCAGAGAUGAAGAAAGUCUGAAUGAAUGUGAGCCUGACAUGGAUCUCAGUAGUGAAAUGAGAAUUAAAGUACCAGGGGAUCAAGAGUUCAACAGUGUUCUUUCUGAGCUAUCAAAUAGCAUUCUUACUUCAGAAUCUGUAGGGGCAGAGGGAAGUUUGGAAGGCCAGAGCCCAGGAACACAUUGGAAGACUAUUAAGAACUGUGAUACUAGAUAUUUGGAUAUAACUGGAUACAAACAAAUGGAAACAUCAGCCACAGAAUGUUCUUCUGAGACAUCAAAUUCCAGAACCUUAUCUUUCAGUAGAGUUGUAAGCAAUCUGCAGCACUGAUGCAGACUUUGGACACCUAUGUCAGGUUACUGAGGACUUGACCAAGAAGUCUAUUCCAUUAAGAUGACAGACCCUUAUCAUGUGCUUGGAAAAUCUCGAGAAGAAGCUAACGAAGACCAUGGUUUCCCCAGAAGUUUUGCAUCUAUUUACCUUCACUUUUUUGCUGCACUGCACAACACACUGAAAUGUACUGCUUGAUAUAAAAGAAACAUUUCAACUGAGAAUAUGCAGCUCGAAUAGAAAUAACAUACGAUUGUAACUAUAUACCAAUUUAGUCAGUUGUGAUCAAAAAA